AGGACGCUUCUUUGCGUCUGCAGUAAAAUGAAAGUAAACAAAUGAACCGGAUUCGGUUUUAUUUCUGUAAUAAACUACAAACAGAGCAGAAUGACUAAAGAUAAACUUCAGAUUUAAGUGUUUACGAUUAAGGAUGAGCUGUCAUCACCUGCAUUUAGGAGAAUCGCCGGAUGAAUGUGUAGCGACCAAGCGGAUGUGCCAAAGACCUCAUCGUGGGGUCACCAUGGUGUCUGAAGAAGCUCCAGAAGAAGCCUCUGUAGAGCCGUUCAUUACAAUCCAGGAGUCUAAAAACAGUAUGCACAAGUCUAGAACCGUGACUAUAAAAUCUAAGGGUACUUCUGGAACCGUGAAGGGUACAAAUUGUAAUGGUGAGUCUAAGGAUGCCACAGUGGGGGCUAAAACUUUGAAACCGGAGUGUAUAGAUUCCAACGCUGGAUCUAAAGCGAAAUCUGCAGCUACGGAUGUUUUCGGGACUAACGGUGCUAGUUCUGAGUCUUCCUACAAUACUGUGGAUUGCACAGGCAGCGUGGAGACGGUGGAUGGCAGCGAAGUUCAAGUGUCCGUGAUUAUACCUGUGCACAAUGGCGCCGAAUGGCUGGACGAAUGUCUCCAGGCCGUUCUGGGACAGGACUUCCAAGGCAGUAUGGAGGUCUCCAUAUUUGACGACGCCAGUACGGACGACUCCAGAGCGAUCGCUGAGAGCUGGAGGGAAAAACUGGAGAGAAACGGAGUUUCGGUGCUGAUCUCGGGCCAUACGUCAGCCAAACCUAGAGGAGUCGGAUUCGCCAAAAAUAGGGCCGUGUCUCAGAGUUGCGGACGGUACCUGUGCUUCCAGGAUGCGGAUGACGUCAUGAUGCCCCAGAGAGUGAGACUGCAGUAUGAAACGGCUGUACUGAACCCCUCAGCCAUCGUUGGUUGCCAGGUGAGGCGAGAUCCAGAAGGUUCUACAGAGCGCUACACCAGGUGGAUCAACACCCUCAGCCCUGAGCAGCUCCUCACACAGGUCUACACCUCCCACGGGCCGACGGUCGUCAUGCCCACGUGGUUCUGCUCGCGCGACUGGUUCCGAAAAGUGGGACCUUUCGACGAGGGGGGGAAGGGAGUUCCGGAGGAUCUGCUGUUCUUCUACCAGAGUGUCCGUCAGCGAGGAGGGGCGGUCCGGGUGGAGCGGUGCCUGCUGGUGUAUCGAUACCACGAGCACGCAGCGACACACUCCGUACUGGAGGAGACCAUCUGGAAGCUGCGAGUGGACUUCCUGCAGGAGAAAGUGCUCAGCCAAUGGGAUUCCUUCACCAUAUGGAAUGCUGGGAAGCAGGGGCGGAGACUCUACCGCAGCCUGACCCCCAGCAACCGGAAAAAGGUCAGAGCGUUCUGUGAUGUGGACGAGAACAAAAUCAAAAAGGGCUUUUAUACCUACGAGGAGUCGAAGGAGCGACCCAAACCCAGAAUAGUGGUGCAGCACUACAGAGAUUCAUCUCCUCCAUUUAUAGUCUGUGUUAAACUGGACAUGACGGGCGGGGUUCUGGAGGACACCCUGCGUUCUCUCCACCUGGUGGAGGGAGUGGAUUACCACCACUUCAACUGAGCCGCGAACCCGAGCCCGACGACACGGGGGUACAGGGACGUCCAGCACAGAGCCCUGACCUCGGCCUCCAGUCCGCAGGUCUGGGCUUAACGGGCACAAAUUCCCACGCACAGAAGCUUCUCAGAAGAGCGAAGAGAUCACACUGGGGUCACGACAGGCUCGUGGUCAGGUGUCCGAUUACUUUUGGUCAUACAGUGUAUGAAUGAUUGUUGCUGUGAAUAAAAGAAUAAAACUGUC